AAAGCAAGCAGAAAAAUCUAUGGAAAAAGGUCGAAAAGAAGACUCCAAAAAAGAUGAAAAGCAAAAGAGGCUUUUCUCUUCUUUUAAAAAUGUGUCUCCUGAUAGAAAGCAUCCGAUGCUUCCACUCCCACCAGUUCCAGAUCUCCCUCUCUCUAUCUAGAACCCAAGCAGAGAGAGAGAGAGAGAUUUGACUUUCCAACCGUGUUUCUUGUCCUACCUAAAUAUACUACCACAUCAGAGUUGGAAUAGAAGGAGCUUUGGGAUUUGAUCAGAGGCGCCCAAGCGCUGAGGACGGCAAACGUAAAGAAAAGCGAGCAGGGUUUUUCCCUUGGAAGUCAACCCUGAGCAAGAUCCCUUGCCCUUGCAUUUGCAUUUGAUGAAAAUCCCCAUAAAGUCAUUUCCCAGAAAUUUAAUAUGCUUAUAAAGAUUUCAUCUAGAAAAGGAGCUAUAUAAAGGGCAACAGCCAAGAAAAAUCUCCCUCAUUUAUUCUCUGCUGUUUUUGUAGAUUUUUGGUCACUCUUUUUGAAAUCUCCCCUCCCUGUCACCAUUUAUUUCUUCCACUUCUCCCCCACAUUUAUUUCUCUCUCUCUCUCUCUCUCCUCUCUCUCUCUCUCUUUCUUAUUUGACUUGCAGGUCUUCCCCCCCGGGAGAGGUAAAUCACGGAGAGUCAGCCUCACAAGCCCUCCUCAUUUCUUCCAUGUCCACACAAGCGCAAAGACCCUUUUUUAGAGAGAUAGAGGGGGAGAGAAAAAAGACUCCCUUUUUUCCUUUGCCAAUUUUCAUUAGAUUUUCCCAGCAGUUUUGAUGGGAAUCUAGAAAUUUUCUUGGAAAGUUUUACCUUAAGAAAUCAUGGAUUGGGUACUCCAUGAAUCAUCAUCAUCAUCUUCUUCUUCCCCUCAACGGGCCUACUCUCUUCUCCAGCAGCCACCGCCGCUGCCUCAUGACCUGAGCUCGAGCAACAGAGUCAGCCCAAGCAUCCUCCUGAUCAUCAUCAUCCUCGCCGUCAUCUUCUUCUUGUCCGGCCUCCUUCACCUCCUGGUGAGGUUCCUCAUGCGGCCACCGAGUACGCUCAGGGACCCGGAGGACCCGGACGACGUCACCGCCCUUCAAGGCCAGCUCCAGCAGCUCUUCCACCUCCACGACGCAGGGGUCGACCAGUCCUUCAUCGACACCCUCCCUGUCUUCUUCUACAAAGCCAUCAUCGGGCUCAAGAACCCCUUCGACUGUGCAGUGUGCCUCUGUGAGUUUGAGCCUGAGGACAAGCUGAGACUGCUCCCCAAGUGUAGCCAUGCCUUUCACAUGGAGUGCAUAGACACAUGGCUCUUGUCCCACUCCACUUGCCCUCUGUGCAGGGGCAAUCUGCUGUCUGAUUUCUCUCCCGCUCACAUUGGUUCCCCCAUUGUUCUCCUUCUUGAAUCCGGGAGUGAGAGCUCGAGGGAGCUCGGCCGUGCGAAUUCCGGCCUUGGAAGGGCUAAUUCGGCGUUGAGGACCGAUUCCCAUCUGGGUUUUCGUGGAGGGUCUGAAUUGGGCUCGGUCCGCUUUGAAUUGCCGCAGAAAUCGGGCGAAUUCGACUCGAAGGACGAAGAGGGCCUAUCGGUGGUGGCAGGUUCGGGCGAGCGGGUCGUGCCGGUGAAGCUUGGGAAGUUCAGGAAUGUGGAGGGUGGUGAAGGGAGUAGCAGUAGCAUAAGCAGCAAUGUGGACUCUAGGAGGUGCUUCUCCAUGGGAUCCUUUGCUUACGUGAUGGAUGAGGCUUCCACAUUGCGAGUGCCGAUCACGACCCCGAAGAAGAAGCAGCCCAGCAAGAAGUCUCACUUGCCGCUGACUCCAGGGCACCGGAUGGCCAUGUCGGAAUGCGGGUCCGAGUCAAGGAGAGAGUUCAUUGGCCUUGAAGCGAUCAAGAAUUUGAACUCUAAUGGCAAAGUUAAUAAUCCUCAAGAGAGGAAUGAGAACGAUGGCUCGAGCAUCCGGAAAGAGAGCUUCUCCAUAUCGAAGAUUUGGCUACGAGGGAAGAGGGAGAAGGCGGACCAUCCGGGGGCUGAGGAUUCGUCGAGGCGGGCAGUCUCUUUCCGGUUUCCGAUUAACCGGAAUGUGGUGGUGGGUGGGAGUGAUGCCAAAGACAAAAAAGAAACUGGGGCUGAAAUUGGGAGGUGGGAAAAUGGAGGGAGUGAGUUGGGCCAUGAUGAGGAGAUCGAGAGCUGCAACAGUUUGGAUUCUUUGGCUCACAAUCCACCAUCUUUCACAAGGAGGACUCUGCUUUGGCUCAUGGGAAGGCAGAACAAGGUUGGACACUCAUCUUCCUCGCAAGACGUCUAGUCUGCUUGCAAAUUCCCCAUUCAAACUUUUCUGAUCUUUUAGCUCUUUUUCUUUUUUUUCUUUGCUUCACUUUUGAUCUCUUCAUUGUGGGAGGCUGAAAAACUGGAAUUUGUCUCAAAAGAGCUAAACAGAAGAAGAAGAAGAAGAAGAAGAACGUUCCAUUAAAAAAACCUAAAUACAGAGUUUAGAGUUUCGCUUCAAACAGGGUGUUUGUCAGGCUAUAUGAUUCGUUUCAAAUCCUUUGCUUUUUGAUUCCUCUGCUCUA